GCGAAGUGGACGCUAGAGGAGGAGGGUGGUUCCGGACCUCUGUUUUUUUUAUCUUCACAUCCAUUUCCUUCCUUCUCCACACGAUCCAUUUCCUUCUAUCUCUAAACCCACACUCUCUCUCUAAAACAUCUCUCUAUAUGCACACACAUAUAAUCAUUCUCUCUCAAGAAUUGCUUCUUCCAUCGAUCAACCAUGUCUCUGCAGUCAUUGCCUCUCACUCCUCAGCAUCUCUGCUCCAAUGGCCGGUCUUCGAGACCGAGUUCAAUUUUCGCGUCGAACAGAGAUUCUCUCUUCGUCGAUUUUGUUGGUCUUUACUGUAAAUCGAAGCGAACUCGACGAAGAAUUGGAGUUUCAAAUGGUGUUCGGAGUUUAGCGACCAAGAACUGUUCCACUGUCAAAGCUGUUGUUGAUUUUGAACGCGUCGCCAAUGCCCCUGGAAAAUCUUUCGGUUCAAAACCUAAGGUUGCAAACUUGAAUGAUAUAAUAUCAGAAAGGGGGGCUUGUGGAGUUGGAUUUAUAGCCAAUUUGGAAAAUAAAGCAUCACAUGACAUUGUUAAGGAUGCACUUACAGCUCUCGGUUGCAUGGAACAUCGUGGAGGAUGCGGAGCAGAUAACGACUCUGGUGAUGGUUCGGGAUUGAUGACUUCAAUUCCAUGGGAUCUUUUUAACAAUUGGGCUGAAAAGCAGGGGAUUGCUUCUUUCGAUAAGUUGCAAACUGGUGUUGGAAUGGUUUUCCUUCCCAAAGACGAUGAUCUUAUGAAAGAAGCCAAAACAUUUAUUAUCAAUACAUUUAGACAAGAGGGUCUUGAGGUGCUUGGAUGGAGGCCUGUUCCUGUAGAUACUUCUAUAGUUGGAUACUAUGCCAGAGAAACCAUGCCCAAUAUACAGCAGGUGUUUGUUAAAGUUGCCAAAGAAGAAAAUGUUGAUGAUAUUGAAAGGGUACUGUACAUUUGCCGGAAAUUGAUUGAAAGAGCAGCCAACUCAGAAACUUGGGGAAAUGAACUUUAUUUCUGUUCUCUGUCCAACCAAACAAUAGUUUACAAAGGAAUGCUUCGGUCAGAAGUUCUCGCAAGAUUUUUUUCUGACUUGCAAAGUGAUCUUUAUAAAUCUUCUUUCGCCAUUUACCAUCGGAGGUAUAGCACAAAUACUAGUCCGAGAUGGCCUCUUGCUCAACCAAUGAGGUUACUUGGUCACAAUGGAGAGAUCAAUACCAUACAGGGUAACUUGAACUGGAUGCAAUCUCGAGAAUCCUCAAUGAAGUCUCCUGUUUGGCAUGGUCGUGAAAACGAAAUUCGUCCUUAUGGCAACCCGAAGGCAUCUGACUCAGCGAAUCUUGAUAGUGCAGCAGAAUUUUUACUAAGAAGUGGCCGUAGUCCCGAGGAAGCUCUGAUGAUUCUUGUUCCAGAAGCAUACAAGAAUCAUCCCACUUUGUCGAUAAAAUAUCCUGAGGUUGCUGAUUUUUACGACUAUUACAAGGGUCAAAUGGAGGCUUGGGAUGGACCUGCCUUGCUCUUAUUCAGUGACGGAAAAACUGUUGGAGCUACUCUUGAUCGAAAUGGACUUCGCCCUGCUAGAUAUUGGCGGACAAUAGAGAAUGUGGUCUACGUCGCAUCUGAGGUUGGUGUUCUACCAGUGGAUGAGUCAAAGAUUAUUAUGAAGGGCCGUCUGGGUCCAGGAAUGAUGAUCACAGUUGACCUCCUGAAUGGCCAGGUUUAUGAGAAUACAGAGGUGAAAAAACGAGUUGCCUUAUCAAAACCAUAUGGGAAGUGGUUGAAUGAAAACAUGCGAUCAGUGAAGCCUGCGAAGUUUCUUGCUGCGACUGUUAUGGACAAUGAAGCAAUAUUAAGAUGCCAACAGGCAUAUGGCUACUCAAGUGAGGAUGUGCAAAUGGUUAUUGAAACUAUGGCUUCUCAGGGGAAGGAGCCUACAUUUUGCAUGGGAGAUGAUAUUCCAUUGGCAAUAUUGUCUCAGAAGUCACAUAUGCUUUAUGACUAUUUCAAGCAACGGUUUGCUCAGGUUACAAAUCCAGCUAUUGAUCCUCUUAGAGAAGGAUUAGUUAUGUCUCUUGAAGUCAACAUUGGGAAGCGUGGAAACAUUUUAGAGGUUGGACCUGAGAAUGCCUCUCAGGUUAUUUUGUCUAGUCCUGUACUGAAUGAAGGGGAGCUUGAGUCGCUGCUGAAAGAUCCCCACUUGAAACCCCAAGUGCUACGAACUUUUUUUGAUAUAAGGAAAGGAGUUGAUGGUUCCUUGGAAAAGACAUUGAAUAAGCUUUGUGAAGCUGCUGAUGAAGCUGUUAGAAAUGGUUCCCAGUUGCUUAUUCUCUCUGACAGGUCUGAUGAGCUGGAACCAACUCGGCCUGCCAUUCCAAUACUUCUUGCAGUUGGUGCUGUUCACCAGCAUUUGAUUCAAAAUGGCCUGCGAAUGUCAGCUUCCAUUAUUGCAGACACUGCUCAGUGCUUCAGUACUCAUCAUUUUGCUUGUUUGAUUGCAUAUGGUGCAAGUGCCGUAUGUCCAUACUUGGCAUUGGAGACAUGCCGACAGUGGCGUUUGAGUAAUAAAACUGUGAACCUGAUGCGGAACGGAAAGAUGCCAACUGUUACUAUUGAACAGGCUCAGAAGAAUUUUUGCAAGGCAGUUAAAUCUGGUCUUUUGAAAAUUCUUUCCAAAAUGGGCAUCUCAUUACUUUCGAGUUAUUGUGGUGCCCAGAUAUUUGAAAUUUAUGGAUUAGGAAAAGAUGUUGUUGAUCUUGCAUUUUGUGGGAGUGUAUCAAGUAUUGGUGGAUUAACUCUUGAUGAGCUGGCAAGGGAGACUUUGUCAUUUUGGGUGAAAGCUUUCUCCGAGGAUACAGCUAAAAGACUAGAAAAUUUUGGGUUUAUACAAUUCAGACCCGGAGGGGAAUAUCAUGGAAACAACCCAGAGAUGUCAAAACUGCUCCACAAGGCUGUCCGCCAAAAGAGUGAAAGUGCUUUUUCAGUGUAUCAGCAGCAUUUAGCUAAUCGACCUGUGAAUGUGCUUCGUGACCUUCUCGAGUUUAAAAGUGACCGUGUUCCAAUUCCUGUUGGAAAGGUUGAACCUGCUUCAUCUAUUGUUCAGCGGUUCUGCACUGGUGGGAUGUCACUUGGAGCUAUUUCCAGAGAAACUCAUGAAGCAAUUGCCAUUGCAAUGAAUAGAUUAGGUGGAAAAUCUAAUUCAGGAGAAGGUGGUGAGGAUCCAAUUCGCUGGAGCCCUCUUACUGAUGUUGUUGAUGGCUAUUCUCCUACCUUGGCUCAUCUCAAAGGUCUUCAAAAUGGAGAUACAGCUACAAGUGCAAUCAAGCAGGUUGCUUCAGGGCGUUUUGGUGUCACUCCGACAUUCCUGGUUAAUGCUGAUCAAUUAGAAAUCAAAAUUGCGCAAGGUGCAAAGCCUGGUGAAGGUGGACAAUUGCCUGGCAAAAAAGUUAGUGCAUAUAUUGCAAGACUAAGAAACUCCAAACCUGGGGUUCCGCUUAUUUCUCCACCUCCCCACCAUGACAUUUAUUCUAUUGAGGAUCUUGCCCAAUUGAUUUUUGACCUUCAUCAGGUCAAUCCUAAGGCUAAAGUGUCUGUAAAGCUUGUGGCAGAAGCUGGUAUUGGCACAGUUGCUUCUGGAGUUGCAAAGGGUAAUGCUGAUGUUAUACAGAUAUCAGGGCAUGACGGGGGGACUGGAGCAAGUCCCAUAAGCUCCAUUAAGCAUGCUGGUGGUCCUUGGGAACUUGGACUUACAGAAACACACCAGACACUAAUCGAAAAUGGACUCAGAGAAAGGGUUAUUCUCAGAGUUGAUGGUGGCUUCAAAAGUGGAGUUGAUGUCCUUAUGGCCGCAGCAAUGGGUGCUGAUGAGUAUGGGUUUGGUUCUGUGGCAAUGAUUGCUACUGGAUGUGUUAUGGCUCGUAUUUGCCACACAAAUAAUUGUCCAGUUGGAGUUGCCAGUCAGAGAGAAGAACUGCGCGCUCGUUUCCCUGGUGUGCCUGGUGAUCUUGUCAACUUCUUUUUAUAUGUUGCUGAGGAGGUAAGAGGAAUAUUGGCACAACUGGGCUAUGAGAAGCUGGAUGAUAUAAUUGGACGAACAGAUCUACUGAGACCUCGCGAUAUUUCGUUGAUGAAAACUCAGCAUCUUGAUCUUAGUUAUUUUCUUUCUAAUGUCGGAUUACCGAAAUGGAGUAGCACGACGAUCAGGAAUCAGGAUGUUCAUAGCAAUGGUCCUGUUCUGGAUGAUAUUUUACUCUCAGAUCCAGAGAUAUCAGAUGCAAUUGAGAAUGAAAAAGUGGUCAGUAAAAGCAUAAAGAUAUACAAUGUGGACCGUGCAGUUUGUGGGCGUAUAGCAGGUGUGGUUGCAAAGAAAUACGGCGACACUGGUUUUGCUGGGCAGCUGAAUAUAAUAUUUAAUGGGAGUGCUGGGCAGUCAUUUGCUUGUUUUCUGACACCUGGAAUGAACAUUCGACUAGUAGGAGAAGCUAAUGACUAUGUGGGAAAGCUGAUGCUGGCAAUUAAUUUUAAGGGUAUGGCUGGAGGUGAAUUGGUUGUUACUACUGUUGAGAACACUGGAUUUUGCCCUGAGGAUGCAGCUAUUGUAGGGAAUACCUGCUUAUAUGGGGCGACAGGUGGUCAAAUCUUUGUCAGAGGUAAAGCUGGAGAGCGUUUUGCGGUGAGAAACUCACUUGCUCAAGCGGUAGUGGAAGGCACUGGAGAUCAUUGUUGUGAGUACAUGACAGGAGGUUGUGUGGUUGUGCUUGGAAAAGUGGGUAGAAAUGUAGCUGCCGGGAUGACUGGAGGUUUAGCAUACAUUCUUGAUGAAGAUGAUACUCUUAUCCCCAAGGUAAAUAAGGAGAUUGUGAAGAUCCAAAGAGUGGUUGCCCCUGUGGGGCAGACGCAGCUAAAAAGUUUAAUUGAAGCCCAUGUUGAAAAAACUGGAAGCGGCAAAGGCUCUGCUAUUUUGAAGGAAUGGGACAAAUAUCUGCCUCUCUUUUGGCAGCUGGUUCCGCCUAGUGAGGAAGACACCCCCGAGGCUUGUGCUGAGUUUGAGAAAACAUCUACGGGCCAGGUGACUUUACGGUCUGCUUAGGAUGAGGGUAAUACCACAAUACCUUUGAGGUCGGUGAUAUAACCAUGAAGUUACCAUCCCAGCUAAUUACGUGUCAAGCUAGGGAAUGGAUUUCCUAUAAGAAAUUGUUGCUAAGUUGGGGAGAUGAGAUAGCGGGAUGUUGAAAAUCUUGAUAAUCAAAGCUUGUCAUUGCCUGGAGUAUGUGACACUGAUCUCCUUGUUGAAAAGCUAUCGCCUUACCUCAGUGCUACAGCAGUUGUAUAGUGAUGAUGUAGAGAAAUUGUAAAUUGUAGGAAGUAGAAACUUUUAAGACCUUGACACAGGUUUCGUGUUUUGUGAUACUAAUCCAAAUUUCUCAAUCUUGCAUUGGAUUAUUCCCCCCCCCCGGCCGGCAGGGCGGGUGAUAAAAGUCUUGUACGAUGUCCAAAGUGCUGCUGCUGUAAGUUGUGUAUUAUAAUUGUUACUUAUGAAAGAACAGUUCCAUUUUUGUC